UUUUCCAUUUGCGUAUGUCACUCCAGAGGAGCCUCGACUCUUCUUCACAAGCGAAACAACUGAAACCCCUCUUUCUAAUUACAUUGAUUUUCUAGCAACAUUUCUUCAAGAAAUCUACUCAAUUUUUCUGAGGUUCUGUAUUGAAUUUGAUUAAUUGCAUUCCCAGAAGGUAAAAAAAGGGGAGGAAGUUGUGUCUUUGUAAGCAUUUUAGCAGUAAAGUUGAAGAAGGAAUUGUGAGUGGCUGAGGGGGUAAAAGGUUUCUUCACAUGGGGAAACCAUUGUUUUAUGAGAUAUUGGAGAAGCCAGCAACUAGUUGUGCAAUUGGAAUAUGUAGUGCAAUUUGGUUUUAUAUUCAGAAGUCAAAUAUUGGUUAUUCACAUGUUGGUUUGAGUUAUGAAACUGCUUUGGAAGGUCAUUAUUGGAGGAUAAUAACAUCAGCAUUUUCACAUAUUAGUGUGCUUCAUCUUGUUUUCAAUAUGAGUGCACUUUGGAGUCUUGGAGUUGUUGAGCAAUUGGGGCAUUUAGGUCUUGGAGUACAGUAUUAUCUUCAUUAUACACUGGUGUUGGUUGUUCUUUCGGGCAUACUUGUCAUUGGAAUGUACCAUAUCUUGAUUCAGAAAUUUAAGCUAGAGUAUUUUCGGAGAGUUACUGCUGUUGGAUAUUCUUGUGUGGUGUUUGGUUGGAUGACGAUUCUUUCGGUCAAGCAACCGUCGUCAAAGUUGAAUCUUUUUGGUUUUCUUUCACUUCCCAUCAGCUUUGCGCCAUUUGAGUCGCUCAUAUUCACUUCCAUUAUUGUUCCUCAAGCGAGUUUUAUUGGACAUUUAUCGGGAAUUAUUGUUGGUUAUGCUGUUGGUUGGGGUCUGAUACAUGGGAUGAACAAUUACUGGGCGGUUACAAUGCUGGGAUGGACUGCGCUUGUGUUUGUUUUCAGUUUGAAAAAGUCUGGUACAUUUGAUUUGAACUUUCUUGAGAUUGAACCUGUCACGGAUCCCUCUCUGCCUUCAGUACGUUUUUUCGCAGCUGGAACUGGUAGAAGUUUACGGAUGAGUACAUUACCAGAUGCUGGUGCCGAUCUUGUAUAGCUUUUGGAAGAUUUCACUGCUUACUUGGGGAUCACAACGUAAUUCUAGUAUUGGUAUUUGCUGGAUGAGUUGUUGAUUAUGCACAGUUACCUCCAAAACCAUCAUUUACCCGAUGAUAUGUUCAUUGGUUCUCGAAGCACCUGUUUGUUAAUUGAACCAACUUUUUAGGUAACCACUGUCAUUUGUAAUUGUGGUGCGCAAAGUUGUUAUUACAUUUGAUAGAAUAUAGAUGAACCAUGAUGUAUUCCACUUAACACUAAAUUUUUGUGAUUAAGUGCUUUAGCCUUUGUGUCCCAUCUAUGCAUUAUAAAUGAUUUAGCAGGAUGAUAUUUGCAAAUCUCAACAGAAUUUCUGUCCUGCUGUUUACGCUACAUACUGAACAAUUACAUUUACUGUUGUCAA